AUGUCACUUGAAAUAGUAUAUUCCUUCUAAAAGGAGCCAUUUGGCGUAAAAUUGUUUAAUAUUUGUGAUUGCAAGACCGGAUGUAUCCUCUACGGAUAUUAUCAUCUACACUGGAAAAGAGACAGAUAAUGAAACGUAUAUUUUGGCGCUUCGUAAAUCCGGAAAUGUAGUUACAACACUUUUGCGACCAUAUUGGGAAAGGCCACACAUUAAUUACAAAUAAUUGGUACUCAAGUCCACUUUUGUAUACACUACUCCAUAAGUAUAAAACUAAUGCAUACGGGACUAUAAGAAAGAACAGGAUUGGGAUGCCAGAUGAAAAAAAAAAAAUCAAGCCUAGAGAAUUUGAAUACCAAUUUUCUAAUAAUUUAUUGGCAUUACGAUGGUUCGAUAAAUAA